AUGCCAGACCGAGUAUUCGUCCACGCGCUCAACACAGUAAAAAAGAUACCCAAGACUGGAGCAUCGCGGCCCCCUCCUGCAGAUCGAUUACGUCUCUAUGGAUUAUACAAACAAGCUAUGGAGGGGGAUGUGGAUGGUGUCAUGAUGCGGCCGAGUUCUAGAGGUGAGGGAGAAGAUGGCGAGGCGGGACUACAGGGAGAAGAAUUGAAGAGGGAAAGGGAUAAAUGGGAUGCGUGGGAUGCGCAGAGAGGGGUUAGUAGAACAGAAGCGAAGAGAAGGUAUAUUGAAGCGUUGAUUGAUACUAUGCAUAAGUAUGCUAGUACUACUGCAGAUGCGAGAGAAUUGGUUGCGGAAUUAGAAUUUGUCUGGGAUCAAAUCAAAAAUAAUACUCCAUCAUCCACGGGAUCUUCGCCUGGCCAUCGCGUGCCAUCGUAUACGACUCAACCGAGACAAUUUCUAGAACCAGUGUCAGGGACCGACGGCGCAAUGAGAGUAUUGAGUCCAAUGAGCCAGGACGAUGAGGCGGAAAGGGAAUCUGAGAGACGGUUGGGACGCAAUGGUGAAGAUGAAGAGGUAUAUACCGACGGCAAAAACAACAAGACGAAAUGGAGGAAGAGUGUGGAACAAGCGCUAGUGAAAAUGACAGCUGAGAUCGCAGCAUUGAGAGAGCAGAUUGCUACGGGAAGAGAAUACCAGGGCAAGAAGUCAAGGUCUCCAAGAAAAUGGCUGGCUUGGUUUAUAUGGAUCGCCAUCAAACACUUUCUGGUGGAUAUGGCGCUAUUAGGUCUUAUUCUGUUAUGGAUGAGACGAAAGAAGGACAGGAGAGUAGAGGAUCUCGUAAGAGAAGGACUAAGGAUUGGGAGGGAAUACGUGAGGAAAGUCUUACCCUCUCGGUGA